AAAUAACAACAUACAUAACCUCGUUUUUGAACUGUUCGAAACGUGAACGACGAAAACAGAAGACAUCAAUGAAUUAAUUUAAUUUUAAUAUUUCAACAAAAACUUUAAAUACAAUGACUAGAUUCGCGAGAGCCAAAGGCUCUAAAUCCUCGAACGAACGAGUUGUUUUCGAUCCAACCCCUUGGCAUGAGAUGAAGAAUGAUAUGUUGAAAAAGAAACAAGAAAUUGAAGAGGAAAAAAAACGUAGAGAGGCCGAAGCAAGAAGAAAUGAGAAUUAUCAAAAAUUCUUGAAAGACAGAGAAAAGGAGGCUGAAAGUAGGACGGUAUGGGCAGAAUUUCCUGAGGACAAUAACACGAAGGUGAAUGGUUUAUCCAAAAAAAGUAAGACGAUUAAGAAACAGAAGAAUAAAGUUACCGAUGGGAAAUUAAAGAAAAGAGCGACUCAGUGUUUAGCAGAAAAUGCAGAUAAAAUUAUAUCUGAUGAAGAUUCCCAACAAGCUGAAAGAUCGGUUAGCGAUGAUGAAAAUUCUGCAGUUGUGAAAAACCUCAAAAAGAAAAAGUUGAAAAUUAUUGAAGCAAUUCAUUCAGAUGUUGAAAUGAAAAAUCUUGAGGACAAGCCUAAAAAGAAAAAUAUUAAUUCAUCUUUACAAGAAGAUGCAUCAAUUCAGGACCAAAAUGAAGAUAUAGAAGAAAAUGACGAUGAUGCACCAGUAGAAUUGAGUUCCAAAGUUGAAAUAAAAAAUCCAGUUGUUAAAAAAGUUAAAACAACCAAGAAAAAAAUAGUGAUACCAAAUAAUGAUUCACUAAAACCUGAAGAACAAGAGAAACCCAAAAAAGAAAAAAAAAAAAAGAAGGUAGAUAAAGAUAAGAAAGAAACUGGAAUUCAACCGAACAUAACAGACAAAAAUGAAACUAAAACAUGUAAACAACAGCGUAAAGUGAUAGAUUUGGAUUCAUUACCGGAAGCAGCUAGGAAAAAAAUCCUGAAGAAGCAGGAAAAAAGAAACAAACAAGUAGAGAAAAAAAAAUUGAAGAAAAAAGAAAAACAAGAGGAAAAGAAAGAGGUAGACAAACCGGAUACAAAUGAGGUCAAAAACCCUGAGACUAAUGAAAAGCCAAAAACUUUUGGAAAAAGCAAAUCCACUGAAAAGUUCAAUAAAUCAAAACCUUCUAACGAAGCACCUCAACAGAAGAAGGAAAGGCCCAAGAAGCAAAGAUUGGAAAAUAGUGACAUCAAAAGGCGGAAAGAUUUCCAACCCAACAAAAUUAUGGUAAAUGGAAAUGAGAUUGAAUUAGAAUAUUUUGAUGGAUUUCCUAUCAAGAAGGAAGAUGCCUUGAAUUUGAGAAAACUCAAAAAGGAAAUGAUAAGUAAAGGUUUACCUAGGAGUGAAAUAAACAGGACGCUGAAGUUGGAAAGAAGAAAGGCUGAGAAAGCUCUGGCCAGAGAAAAGAAAAAGGUUUGUUUCAAUUGCCGCAAAUUUGGGCAUAAUCUAUCAGAAUGUCCCAAUCUAUCCAAUAAAAACGAAUUAGUGGAAACUGAAGGAACUGGAGUGUGCUUCAAGUGUGGUGCUUCCGAUCAUACAUCUUUUGCUUGUAGAGUUGUUAAAGGUCCAAACUUCAAGUAUGCCAGCUGUUUUAUCUGCAAAGAGCAGGGGCAUAUAUCAAGGCAAUGUCCAGAUAAUGAAAGGGGGUUGUAUCCUAAGGGGGGAAGCUGUAGGGUUUGCGGUGAUGUGACCCAUCUAAAGAAAGAUUGUCCGCAAUUCCAAGAGCAGCAGAGGAAAGAGGAAGCUAAAUUCCAGGUUGAAACUAUAUUUGAAGGUAAUCCUGAUGAUUUGGCACCACAAAAAGAAGUAUAUAAGGCCACUGUACCCGAAACCCACAAACCGAAGAUCAUUAAGUUUUGAUGUUAUGUAAAAGUGUAUAUAAGAAGUCGGCUUUGAAUAUAAUUUUGUUAUAUUUA